AUGGAGUCGUCGGAGCUGCUUCGAGUGCCCGGUGCUCCCGAACCAUUGCCGCCAAGACGAGCAGCCCAAGAGGGCAGAGCCAGCGCAUUAUACACAACGGUGGGUUUAUGUCACAUUCAAUCGAUAUUCAGCCUCGGGUGCAUCGGGCUGGGACCUAUCUGGCACUGUUAUGCCAGUGCUGUUGUUUAUCUUGGUGCUGGUGUUGAUGUUGGUGAUACUAGAGGCAAUUGCUAUGCCAACCACCUCGUUGCGCACGCCGUGUUGCCAACGCACUCGAUGAAAGGUGACGGUGAUAAAUCCAAAGUUCGGGCUGCGCUGGCGCGUCGCUGA